GACGCUCCCGCAAGACCGGAGCCUCGGAGCGACGUAGCCAUGCAGGCCGACAGCCUGCUCCAGCAGCUGGACUACGUGUCGAGCCAGGGGCUGGUGCUGAGCCCCGAGCACAAGGCCGCGCUGCAGGUCUCGCUGGAGCUCGUCCGCAGGAACUACAAGUUCCACCGGGUCUACUUCUGGGGCAAGGUGCUGGGCCUGAGCGCCGACUACUUCAUCGUGCAGGGCGUCCAACUGGACGAGCUGAAGGACAGGAAGACCUUGUACAGUUUUAACUGCAUGGACUGGAAGCUACUCCCCCCAGCAACAGAUGAAACGAUAGCCAGAUCCAUGCUCAUUAAAGGUCGCUUCAUGGGUGACCCUUCUCAUGAAUACGAGAAAACAGUAGUUAAGAAGGACAAUGAAGAACAGACUGAUCAGGACGCUGAUAUCAAGGUGAAGGAGGAAGAACGCUUGACAUCCAUAAUCGAACUAAUAAACAGAGAAGCUGCAAUCAUUCCCAGAGGCGCUUUUAUCAUGACACCUCGAGAUGGUCACAAGAACAGGAGCUUCGAAGGUUUAUCGGUGACCGAAGCCGGGAAACUGAAGUCCUACCUUCACUUUACCAAUCCAAUCAUGCUGAAGAAGAAGUCGCUGCUGAUGCAAGCCAAUUUAGAGGAGUCCAUUGAUUUUCUCAAUUCUCUUGAAGACGACGAGUUGAAAGUGUUCUGGAGUCUACAAUACGAGAGAGGUAAUAGGCUGGUCAUUCUCAGAAACCUCCUCUGGCCUGGCUUCACCUUCUUCCAUGUGCCGGAAACCACUCAGUUCGGCUACCUCUACAUGGGCCUGGGUGAGAAGAACGUGGACUUCCCCUUCAUGAUAUGACAGU